CAUAAAACGUGAUGUUACAAAGUUUAAACCCCACUACUAAGAUUGCAGUCCAACGUUAUGUACACUUGUGUAUAAAAACAUGUAGCGUUGACUUUAAAAUAAUAUACGCCACCUAUUAUAUAGACGUCAACCAUCAGUGCUCUCGCGGUAUAAACAUCGAGCGCACCCAUUCUGUUUUUGUAGCGGUUGUUUCUCUAAUGCUUUUUGCUAGUUGCCAUUGUUGGUUAAAGCUAACGCAUUCCAAGCUUCUGUGUUUUUAAACCUAUAUACGCAAAUACACAUUUUAACGAAGAAAAUGAAUAGUCGACUACAAGAAAUUCGCCAGCGGCAAAAGCUUAGACGGCAGCUUUUAGCACAACAGCUGGGGGCAGAGAGUGCAGACAGCAUUGGAGCUGUGUUAAACAGUAAGGACGAGCAAAAAGAGAUAGAAGAAACAAGAGAAACAUGCCGGUCUUCUCUUGACAGUUCAUUACUUGCAUCCAAAAAGAAGGCUCAGGCAGAAGGAGAGGAGACGGAAGAAGAUGUGGAAGAACAAAGGGAUGACAUGGAAGUGCAACAACUUGAUGAGAGUAAUCCAUAUGAAGAGGUGUACAAGGAUUCAAGUACUUUCCUCAAGGGUACGCAGAGUUUAAACCCUCACAAUGACUACUGCCAACACUUUGUGGACACAGGUCACAGGCCUCAAAAUUUCAUCAGAGACGUUGGUUUGGCUGAUCGAUUCGAAGAAUAUCCCAAACUCCGAGAGCUGAUAAGACUUAAGGAUGAACUCAUCUCCACCACCAACACACCGCCCAUGUACCUCCAGGCUGACCCAGAACACUUUGACCUCCAGGAUUUGAAGUGCAAGUUUGAUGUCAUUUUGUUGGAACCUCCACUAGAGGAAUAUUACAGAGAGUCUGGCAUCAGCCAUACUGAACGCUGCUGGACCUGGGAUGAUAUCAUGAGACUUGAAAUUGAAGAGAUAUCUGCCUUACGGUCCUUUGUUUUUCUGUGGUGUGGCUCCGGUGAAGGCCUGGACCUGGGCAGAAUGUGUUUGAGGAAGUGGGGCUUCAGACGGUGCGAGGACAUCUGUUGGAUCAAGACUAACAAAAACAACCCAGGCAAGACUAAGGCACUGGACCCCAAAGCAGUGUUCCAGAGAACCAAGGAACACUGUUUGAUGGGAAUUAAAGGGACAGUACGUAGGAGCACUGAUGGAGACUUCAUCCAUGCCAAUGUGGACAUUGACCUGAUCAUCACUGAGGAGCCUGAGAUGGGAAAUGUGGAGAAGCCUGUAGAGAUCUUCCACAUCAUUGAACACUUCUGUCUGGGCCGCAGGAGGCUGCACCUUUUUGGACGCGAUUCUACCAUUAGACCAGGCUGGCUGACUGUGGGCCCCACUUUGACAAACAGUAACUUCAACCCAGAGACCUAUGCUUUGCAUUUUGCAUUGCCUAAUUCCCAUCUCUCUGGCUGCACAGAGGAAAUAGAGAGACUGAGGCCUAAAUCUCCCCCCGCCAAGCUGAAGUCAGACCGUGGUGGUGGAGCACCCAGGGGUGGACGAGGUGGACCAAAUGCAGGAAGAGGUGGAGACAGGGGCCGUGAGAGAAAUCGACCAAAUUUCCGAGGGGACAGAGGAGGGUUCAGGGGGAGGGGAGGUCCACACAGGGGGUUUCCACCGCGCUAAAUUAUGCAGUUGUAAAAAAUGGACGUAUCAAACCUUUUUGAUUUUGAUUUUUACAAACACAAACCUUUGUUUUUUGUUUUCUUGGUGGAUUAAGUGCGACUUUCCUAAAUAAACAAUCGUCAUUUUGUA